GCGCCACGCUCUCGCGAGAGCCGGGGAUAAACAGUCCGCCAGCCGCGCGCCGCCCCUCCCUCCCUGUGGCCGGGGUGCACACAACGCGUGGGGAGGGGGUCGGCGGCAGCCAUUGGCCGCGUGUGUGAGAAAUAUAGCCAAAGCCUUUGCCCACACCCCAACUUGGCAUGCUACACCAGUGGUUUUAAGUAGGAAACAAGAUAAUGAAAUCUCAGCCACUUGGUAUUUCACUGUAAAGGAAGGCACCACCCACAUGACAGAGCUUUCACCGGGUUAGGACAAGACUGCAGGCUGAACUCCCACAGGAUCUAAGGACAUACAUGUUACUAUGGCGAUGACUGCAGGGAAUACAACAUCCUUUCCCAUGAGCAACCACACCCGGGAGAGAGUGACUGUGGCUAAACUCACACUGGAGAACUUCUACAGCAACCUAAUUUUACAGCAUGAAGAGAGAGAAACAAGGCAGAAAAAGCUAGAAGUGGCCAUGGAAGAAGGAGGCCUGGCGGAUGAGGAGAAAAAACUACGCAGGUCCCAGCAUGCUCGCAAGGAAACAGAAUUCCUGCGACUAAAGAGGACUAGGCUUGGUUUGGAUGACUUUGAAUCUCUGAAAGUUAUAGGAAGGGGAGCAUUUGGGGAGGUACGCCUUGUCCAGAAGAAAGACACGGGCCAUAUUUAUGCAAUGAAGAUACUUAGAAAAGCUGAUAUGCUUGAAAAAGAGCAGGUGGCCCAUAUCCGAGCAGAAAGAGAUAUAUUGGUUGAAGCGGAUGGUGCCUGGGUGGUGAAGAUGUUUUACAGCUUUCAAGACAAAAGGAAUCUUUAUCUUAUCAUGGAGUUCCUACCUGGAGGUGAUAUGAUGACCUUACUGAUGAAGAAAGACACUUUGUCAGAGGAGGAGACACAGUUUUACAUUUCUGAGACAGUACUGGCCAUAGAUGCCAUUCAUCAGCUCGGCUUCAUCCAUAGGGAUAUUAAACCAGAUAACCUUUUGCUGGAUGCCAAGGGUCAUGUAAAACUGUCUGAUUUUGGACUAUGCACAGGUUUAAAGAAAGCUCACAGAACUGAGUUCUACAGGAACCUUACACACAAUCCACCAAGUGACUUCUCAUUUCAGAAUAUGAACUCAAAGAGAAAAGCAGAAACUUGGAAGAAGAACAGGAGACAGCUGGCCUACUCUACUGUGGGAACUCCAGAUUAUAUUGCUCCAGAAGUAUUUAUGCAGACUGGAUACAAUAAACUAUGUGACUGGUGGUCUUUGGGAGUGAUUAUGUAUGAAAUGCUUAUAGGGUAUCCACCUUUCUGCUCAGAAACACCACAGGAAACUUAUCGGAAAGUUAUGAACUGGAAAGAAACUUUGGUAUUUCCUCCAGAGGUGCCUAUUUCCGAGAAAGCUAAAGAUUUAAUUCUAAGAUUUUGCACUGACUCAGAAAAUAGAGUUGGCAGCAAUGGAGUAGAAGAAAUAAAAAGUCACCCAUUUUUUGAAGGAGUUGACUGGGGCCAUAUCAGGNAAAGACCAGCUGCAAUUCCUAUAGAAAUUAGAAGCAUUGAUGACACUUCCAACUUUGAUGAAUUUCCUGAAUCUGAUAUUUUACAGCCAGGUGAGACAGACUUUGCAACACAUGCCAAACUUCUGGUCCUUUCAUGGAAGUAUUGUACAGUGCCAAACACCACAGAAUCUGACUACAAAUCCAAAGACUGGGUUUUCCUCAAUUAUACAUACAAGAGGUUUGAAGGGCUGACGCAGCGUGGCUCUAUCCCUUCCUACAUGAAAGCUGGAAAGUUGUGAAAUAAAACAAACCAACCCACAAAAACUCAGGUAGCUGCAUCACCAGACCUGCUUGGCGUAGAUAUCAAUACACUGACUCUGGUGCGCAUUGACUUCACAAAGAAAUUCUACAGGAUUAGGAUUUCUAAAACUACUACAGGAAUUAGUUGGCAGUGCCAGCUUGUUUUUUUUUUUUUUUUUUUUUUUUUAAUAUUUGAGUAUUUUUGUUAACUUUAUUAUACAAAGGUACUGGAAUAAAAGGAACAUAUUUCCCUUUG